CAAUAGAAAUUAUAGAAUCUGCACACAAAGAACCUAUAAAUGACCAAAAUUUAUGUUUAGAUAUGACUGACAUAGAAACAAAACAAAACAUGAUUAGAAAAUGGUUAAUAACAGAAAAUUUA